AUGUUCUUGUCCCCUCAGACAACACGCAACAUUCAAAAAGUUGCUCUCAGCGCAGUUGUGGUGGCAGCAACUUCUGACAGACAGGGUGACCCUUGGCGAUUUGGCCAUUUGCGUUUGUCUGAGUUGGCAGUGGAAGAGCACUUUGGGGUGCUUCGAAUGCAAAGUGCCAGUGCUCAGUUGACAACAAGGUCGUUCUGGGUUGCCGAAGCCCGUGAGAUGUUCAGACAGCAGAUGCGGCGCAAGAAUGGAUCAAGGCCAGUAAACCAUGAAGCAGGCAUUCUCUCACAGUCAGACUUCUUUGAUGCCAGUGGCAAGGCAUUGCGCUCUGCCCUCCGCUUAGUUGCAUUCUGUGCAAAUGUGACAGUUGAAUCCCUCGAGACGAUGUACAGGGAGUGGUGUGCAGGUGGCAACUUUACCUCGGAUCCUGAGCCCCUUGAACCUGACUUGGAUGAGCUGGAUGAGGAGGAAGAGGUGAUGAAUGAAUGCCAGGAGCUGCUUACCCACAUCAGGGAUGAGGCUGGUAUGGGUGAUGAGCAAUUGGAAGAAGAGCCAAAUCUACUUGAUUUUGCUUUGCGAGAUGUUCCUGACGCAAGUGAACUGAAAGAGGCUAUGGGGAGUGUGCCCGAGCACCCCCAUGCUGAGACGCCAGAUGCUGGGAAGAAGGUCAACAACCCAAAGAACCUUCACGCGGCUUUGUGCUUCCUCAAUCCCCAGGCCAGUGCGACUGAGGUGUUCGAUCAGAUCUGGCGUUUGACCAUGUCAUUGCGGUAUUGGAAGGGUGGGCCUGACCGACACUGG